AUCGUCGCUCGUUCUAUAUCUCUUCGAGAGUUGCGUCCUUGAGUUAAAACUCCAAGCCCAACGUUCAACGCUGUCAAUGCCUAACCUCGAAAUGAGUACGCCUAGAAUAAAUAGAAGAGCGAAGCUCGAGAUAAGCUAAACCUUGUCGUGGGAACCUUCGUCAACUGUCUCCCCUACCCUAAUCCUUACACGCCUUAUGGUCGUUGGGCGUUUUACAUAAUUUCGAGCUCCCCUCAAAACCAGACAUCUUCCCAAAACCUAGAUUUCAUUAGUCCACGUUUGUCUUGCAAAGCUUCUGAUAGCAGGUCUGGACCUACUAUGAUAUCGAUGCCAACGCCUUCAAGUUCAAGUUUUAAGUUCAGAGGGCACGUUUUACAUAAAUAAGGGAGCUUGCACUACGAUGGGCUGCGACCUUUGGUGUACCAACCAACCACAACCAUUCAAGUGCUCAAGCUCAAGCUUCAACUCGUUCUUAAUUUCUUCGUGCUUUACUAUGAAUACUUUCUCUUCCAGUUCCACGCACAUGUUGGAACUGUUUUCAGCCAAACGAUUGGCCAACGAAACAGGCCUCAGAGCCGCCUUGUGUCACUUAGACGCUCUAGGAGGUCGCAGCGGAUUGCAGCCUGCAAUCGAACAUCUGCUCUCUCUCCCUCAUGUUUUUGCAUACAUUGUCUCGGUUUGGGAUCGUUCUGCAGAAAUGAUCUCACAAAUAAUGGUCGACUUUCCUACAGAUGCCCCAGAGUACUGCUCCUCCCUUGCACGCAAGAUCCUGGACAAUGUGUCCGUUCAUGCUCUGGCACUGCCAAUCGAGUCUUUGACAAGGGAGCCUGUGCUUUGUGCGUUGAGCACUAUGAAAUUUGCCGAUGUAGAGUCGCUUGAGAGCGAUCUCAAUAUCUUCGGAGUUGAACCUAAUGACAGGUUUGUCAACAUGCAAGCGUCCCAAGCCAUGCGCAAGCGUGACCGCCAGAAUGCUUGUGUAACUAUUGAUGCAUCACUCUUCGUCAAACUUGGCAUGGCUGUGCCUCCCACGAGUGAGGCGGCCACAUCGUUGUCCACCUACAUCCUUGCAGAGUUGAAGACUAUCCUCUCGUUUUACCUCUCGCUUCUGCGGAGAACGGAAUUAGUGGGCGACAUCAAAGUCUUGCUCUUCCCUAACGUGGAAGAGUCUGCCAAAGAUAUUGCGCCUGAAGUUUCGUUCCCCGAAGACACCGAGAGCUCAACAGAACAAAGUGCAUAUCCAAUGGUACAGCCCAUGAAGGCUGCUCUUUACUUCGACAAUGCGAACGGAUUCGGCGAGUGGCGAAUCCUAAUAUCCACCGAGGCAUAUAAACACCUACGCCAACACCGUCGAGCGGACAAAAAAAUAUUCAAGAUUAUCUACAAGAAGAUCAAACAUCUCUCGCACGGUCAAUUUUCAACCGACAAUCAUGUGAGACUCAAUGGGCCGGAUGCAGGCAUUCCUGUCUUUGAAGCCAAGAUGACCAAGGACCUACGGCUAGUGUACCAGAUUGAUUGCGUCCCUGACCAAAAUGGAGAGUUCGAGAGACAAGUCAUCAAAGUAUAUGGGAUCUACAGACACUCCGAGCUCGGCAGAAUAUGGAAUGCUUUGGGCAACCAUCUAGCACGCAGGGGUGCGGAAUAUCGCAAACGAUGCAUAUUUCGUACCAAACCAGCUGACAACGUCAUUCUGCCAGCCUCUUUCCCGCCGACGGAACCUGAACCAGAAAUUCCAGCAAGCCCACUGGAUCUUAGUGCAAAGGACAUGGAACAUCUUCAAUCUUUGCUUGUCCUGGAGAAAUAUGUUACAUUCUCACAAGCAUUUUUGCAUAGUCUCAUCGCGGACCAAGAUGUACACCAUGUCUUCAUGCUCUCUCCUCGAGAACAAAAGGUUGUCGAGUGCCCUACGUCAUGCUAUGUUCUGGGUCGCAGUGGCACUGGAAAAACGACGACAAUGUUAUUCAAGAUCCUUGGCAUUCAGCGAGCCUGGGAACUGAGUGCUAAUGACAUGCCCAAGCCACGUCAAAUUUUCGUCACUAAGUCUAGAAUGCUGGCAACAAAAGUCGAAGAAUACUUCUCGAGGCUUCUUGAGUCCCUCGCAAUGGCAGGCUAUACGCUGCACGAAAUUUCGAAACUUAAGGCACAACGCAUCGAGGACGAUCUUAUUGAUCUUGAUGAUGCUCCUGAGUCGCAGAUGAAUGUACCGGCGAGAUACAGCGAACUUGAAGACAAGCAUUUCCCCUUAUUCGUGACUUUUGAUCGACUAGCAAGGAUGAUCGCGGCCGAUAUCUUCAAUAUGGACGAUCCUGAGACGAGACGUAGCGCCGAACUGUUCUUCAAUACUAACGAUGCAGAGGCGCAUGACUCGUUUGUCACCUAUGCUGUAUUCGAAAAGCAAUAUUGGCCACACUUUCCGUUCACCAAGAACCUUAGUUCAUGGUUGGUCUUCAGCGAGUUUAUGGGCAUCAUCAAAGGCUCCGAACAGGCAUUGGCCUUUCCGAAUGGAUUCCUUGACCGUCCAUGCUACCUCGGUCUUUCCCACCGCUCCUAUCCGAUUUUUGCAAACCAAAGAGACGCUCUCUAUGAUAUGUUCGAGAUCUAUAGAAAGUUUAAGAAGCAGAAACGCCACUUCGAUGUAGCGGAUCGUACACAUGCGAUACUCAAGGUUUUGCAAGAUCACAAAUUUCCUGGUCAACAGGUUGAUUACUUGUAUGUCGACGAGGCGCAAGACAAUCUUUUGAUUGACGCAAUGGUUUUGAGGCGACUGUGUAGGAAUCCAGAUGGUCUUUUCUGGGCUGGGGAUACUGCGCAGACGAUCUCUGCCGGAAGUUCCUUCAGGUUCAACGAUCUGAAGGCAUUUGUUUAUCGUAUGGAGCGUCACGGUAACUUAGUAGCCCCUCCCACUGGAGCUUCUGCGCAGCAACCAAUGAUGUUCCAAUUAGCCACCAACUACAGGUCACACAAUGGCAUCGUGAACUGUGCUCACUCUGUCAUCGAGCUCAUCACGAAGUUCUGGCCAAAUGCAAUUGAUCACCUCCAACCUGAAAAAGGGAUGGUCGAUGGAAUGAAGCCAAAAUUUUUCACGGACAUGGAUAAUGACGCUCACUGCAAACGCUUUUUGGUUGGCGAGAGUGCUAGUAACUUAGAGCUUGGAGCCCACCAGUGCAUACUUGUGCGUAAUGAAGCAGCGGUCAAGAAGUUGCGAGAAAAUGUAGGUGAUAUUGCAAUGAUUAUGACGCUCCAUGAUAGUAAAGGCCUUGAGUUCGACGAUGUUCUCUUGUACAACUUUUUCGGAGAUUCCGCCAUAGAUGCGUUACGCUGGCAGGUAGUUCUCAACGGGGUACCAAAUCAGGGAUAUGUGCCUGAUUUUUAUCGUGACGAGACUCGGUACGCUGGACUAUGCAGUGAGUUGAAACUCCUCUACGUGGGGAUUACCCGAGCAAGGAAGAAUGUAUGGAUCUUCGACACGUCUGAUAAGUCUAAUGCUAUGCGUAUUUUCUGGGAGUCUGAAAAUCUAAUCGACACCUGUACCCGCGGCACCGAUGUUUCUCCUCUAGCCGACCCCUCUACUCCGGAAGAAUGGGCAUCCUCCGGGCGCUCACUGUUCUUGCACAAGCGCUACUCACAAGCUAUCCAUUGCUUCAAGCGCGCUGACCGUCGCCGCGAAGUGAAGGUUUGCGAAGCUUAUCUACUACGGGAGGCAGCGCGUUCCAGUGUUGGAGUGGACUUACUUAACGUUCAGCAAAGGGCUUUUAUUGCGGCAGCAGAUGCAUUUGCUGACUGUGGGGCAGCUGCGAUGGGCAACGAGAGACGUCAAUAUUAUCGCACCUCGGCGGAUUGCUACGUUCGAGGAGGACAAGACCUCAAAGCUGCUGAUACCUAUCUCAAGGCUGAAGAGUUUGAGCUAGCUGCAAAAAAAUAUCGCAAGGCUGGAUCUUUUGACAGGACGCUCCAUGUUCUUACUGACCAUCACGCCACGAUACCUGAGAAGACCGCGACAGAUUUGCGGAUGGUAUGUCGGCUUCAUUACUGCGGCAGAAGCGAUGAUCAAGCCCCUGUACCUCUAUUCUCGUCGUUUAAUGAGGAACUCGAGUUUUUGGAGGACUACGACUUGGAUCGUGCUCGUAUUUCCCUUCUUGAGUCUCACUCGAGGUACUAUGAAGUCGCGGAGAUACACCUAUCAGAUAACCACCCCAUGGAAGCAAUUCAAGCAUUCCUGAAGGACAACAGAAACAUUGAUUCAGCUGCUCGGGCGGCCGACACUCUUCUGGAAUUCAUGUGGCGCAAAUGCUCAUUCAGGAUCACCCCCAAAACCACUCUUGUUGACGAUUCAGUGCGGCAAGCUAUCGCCCUUGCUGAUCAGCUGCAGAUGAAGAAACUGAAGCCUACAACUCGUAAUUUGAUUUUGAUGUUUCAGAGCAUCUUGCGAGAAGAUCACGAGUUGUUGAAGAAACUCGCGCUUACCUUCCAGGAACAUGGUCAUCACACUGCCGCUCUCCAUUGCCUGGAUCACUUUUUCACUCGAUCGACAGACAUUCGUCCUUUCCAACUCCAUGAAAUGGCAAGCUUUCUUGAAACAUUUCAUACCUAUGCACGACUACUCUAUCAAACUUCGACCUUGCCUGACCCCUUAGGGCGCCGUGAAUGCGAUGUGCAAAGACUGUUUUCGAUCGAGCCACUGUCGGGCGACGAGUUUCUCAUACCGAGUGGAACGUUCCUCCAUGACAGCGUGACGGCAACUCAAAACAACCGUCUGGUUUCGAUGCACCAAUCCGGAUAUAAGGCCUCUCGUAGAGAUGCGACGGAAUUGAUACAUCAGUCCAUUCGAACUGUCUUGAAGGACAAGGUUUUGGCGCUGGAUGAAAUGUGUUGCAGUGCUCCAGUCUUUUUGCAGUGCUUGCCAUACAUUGUCUACGGGAACUGCCAAAGAAAGGGAUGCCCCCAGGAACAUGUUACGAUGUCGAAUUUGGACCGCGCGCAAUACAACGCCCACGUUGCGAUCCACAUGCAGCUGAUUCUCAUCUUACAACUUUUGUAUUCCGCGCAUCCUAGUACGAUGCAAUGGGAAAGUAUGAGGGACUGGCUUGAGCACCUUUACGAGGCGCUGACUCCGCCCUUGUUCAUUCAAGGUUCCUUUGCGGACCUUGAUUUGACCAUCAUUCCGCAUGGUCCAGCUGGCUUGAGAGUAGUAAAGAACUGGAUCCGCGAAUCUUUCUAUCGUUUGAACCCAUCCACGAGCCCUCAAUUUCUGACGACCUUGAUGAGAAUCACCAGUUUGGGUUUCGUUUUUGACCGGAAUAAUGCUCCCACCUAUAUUGCUCAGGCAAAGUGUCUCACCCAAAAUAGAUCCAUCAAGCUCCUCCGCAAACCAGAUAAUCGCUACCUGGUGACGGACAUUCUCAAUUCUUACCGAGGAGCUACUCCAAGCAGUAUAUCAUCGGGAAUUCUGUUUCUACAGUAUGUCCUCAACAACCGUUUACGCGUCAAUCUAUCUGUUCUAUGCGACUGCAUAGAGGAUAUCCUUUCAUCUUUCAUUAUCAAUCACAGAAUGGACCCCACCCUCGACGAACUUCCACUGCACGGUGUCGUUCUUCCAUCUAACUGGUUGAUCUUCCCCUACAAGUUUUCUGUGAAAAAAGACGUCAAACCGGAGACAGUAGGCUCGUUUUUGGAUGCGAUAGGGGAUCUAAUCAAGAGACUGCGCAUGGUUGUUGCCACGGAUUUUCUUUGGCUUGCACAUGUUACCAAUGUGACACCGUUGCUUCGCAAUAUUUUCAUCUUCCGGCUUUGCAGGACUCUUUGCCUUGGUGCGUCUGCUCCAGCUCGUCGUAAAUCAACAAAUUUUAACUUAUUGCAACAGUUGCUCAUAACACGCAAUACCCUAUGGUCAAGCGCAAAGUAAAUUCGAUCAUGCUUCAUUUGCACAAAACCAAAAGUCCUCAGCGCCCUGCAUAUUAUCGAAAACUCG